CCCUCUCUCCCUUUACUCCUAUUCCUUUCACCUCUCUUUCUCUCUCUCUUUCUCUACUUUUGAUCAUAAUUAUUGUUUUUUUUUUUUCUUAUUCUUCCUCUUUUAUAAUGAUCAUCAACUGAUCAUCAUCAAACUAUAUUAUUUUAUACAUCUUCAACCAGAAGAAGAGAAAAAACAAGAACACAAACACAAACAACAUGUCAAGCAAGGAAUAUGGAGAGGGAUCGUCGAGCUCACCUCCGACAACAGCGACGACCCCAAGUCGUUACGAGUCGCAAAAACGUCGAGAUUGGAACACUUUUGGGCAAUACUUGAAGAAUCAAAGACCACCAGUAGCACUAUCUCAAUGCAACUUCAACCAUGUGUUGGAGUUUUUAAGGUACUUAGAUCAAUUUGGGAAGACAAAAGUUCAUGUCCAAGGUUGUAUGUUUUACGGGCAGCCAGAACCACCUGCCCCUUGUACCUGCCCAUUAAAACAAGCUUGGGGCAGCCUUGAUGCUUUAAUAGGGCGUUUAAGGGCAGCUUAUGAAGAAAAUGGUGGUUCCCCUGAAAGUAAUCCUUUUGCAAGUGCUUCUAUAAGGGUUUAUUUAAGAGAAGUAAGAGAGUGUCAAGCUAAAGCAAGAGGUAUUCCUUAUAAAAAGAAGAAGAAGAGCAACAAGGCCAAUAAUAAUACCAAUCUUCUUGUUGAUGAUUCAACUAAUAAUACUUCUUCUUCUUCCAUAAUGCACUUUUCAACUCCUUGAAACUUACCCUUCCAUCACUUCAAUUUUAUCCUCAUCUUUCUUCCCAUCAUCACAUCAAAAUUAUGGAUCAAAUCUUGGAGCAUAAAAGAAUCAAAGAGAACAGAAUGAAGUCUAUUCAAAAGCAGAAAUGUAUUGAAAAGGCUGAAACUUUGAAGUUGAUUUUCCCUUUUUUUUUUUUUUGUCUAGGCAAUUUCACAUUGGGAAAACUAUAUAUUAAGUUUGUGUAUACAACUGCUAUUAUACAGCCAUAUGCAUGUCCCCUUAUUACA